CGUGAAUAUAAGUGAUCUCUCUCUCUCUCGAUACCUUUCGCGGAUCGGAUCUCUCUCAACCACCGUGAAUAGCUAAGAUGAAUCUACUGGAAGCGCCCUUCGAUUGUCUCAAGUUCGUUCCUACGGAACUUGAGAUAUACGAUAGAUGCAGCGUUCCUUGAUGUUUCAGCUGGAUCUCUAUCGGGCAAGUCCCGAGCACCUCAACCUGCAACAGUACAAUAACGACUAUUAUCCGAGGAGGGGUAACUUCUGGUUCUUGGUUGACCGACACCCUCGUGAGGAACGGAAUUGGUAUGUGGAAGAACUCCGGGAAAGUUCAGAACGUUGUCAUUGGAGGCAGGAUGCUAGGAAUCAGGCAAGUCUACAAAUUCUUCUUCAACGACCCGGCCACGAACAAGCUCUCGAAGCGCAAAACUGGUUGGGCCAUGGUCGAGUAUGCACGUCCCCUUCCUGAAGCCCCACAUGGACCAGAUGAUACCGAAGGUGGUCGCUAAUGUGAUCUACACACGUUUGGAUGAUGAGUAUCGCGACCAAGUCAUACCUUUUCCACUAGAACCCGUAGUAGUUCAAGAUGAGGUGAACGACAACGAGAACAACAACAACAACGUGGAGGACAACAACAACAACGUGAACAACGAGAACAACAACAACGAGAACAACAUCAACGAGAACAACAUCAACGAGAACAACGAGAACAACAUCAACAACGUGGUCGAAGAGGUCGAAGAAGUAGUCCAAGAGGAAGAGGAGGAAGAAGUUGUCCAAGAGGAAGAAGUUGUCCAAGGAGUUGAGGAAGAAGUUGAAGAUGUGAUCCAUAACAUCGUAGGAGGUGAGGUAGAAGCUCAAGAAGCAGUAGAGGCAGCUGCAGCCGGGAACAACAACAACAACAACGCAUUGGACUUUGACUGGUGGGAUGGCCUCUACGACUGAUCAGAAGAGCAGCGCAGCAUCUUACUCAAAAAUUCUCCUGAGUUUACAUUACACGUUAGACUUUGCUGUUAUGUUUUGAAUUGUCCAGGUGGUUGUGUUCGGUUGUCUUUACAUUACACGUAGAGAACAUUUGCUUAUCAUAUUUUCCUUAAUUUUGCAUGCAA